AUGCAGGAUUAUCAAGAGUGGGAGGAGGCUCAAGGGAUCUCAACUGAAAGAAACCAGACAUCGAUUGAAGAUAAUGUGAAGUGGGAGCCGCCGCCAGCAGGUAAAUUAAAUGUAAGCAUCGAUGCAGGUUGGACUGGGGACUAUUCUACCGGGUUUAGCAUGGUAGCUCGUGGGCAUGAUAAGGCUUUUAUGGUGGCUACAACGUCUUUGGAACCGACGCGCUUGGAUCCUACAGUGGCUGAGGCAUUAGCGUUGAGAUGGGCUCUAGCUCUUGUAGUCGAGAUGGGUAUGGAUAACAUUGUGUUCGAAGCUGAUUCUCUUGUAGUUGUGAAUGCAAAGACAAAGAGGACGUGCAGACCAGACCUUGCUCAUAUUCUGCAUGACUAUUAUCAUCUGGUUUAG